UAAAUGGAGGAAGAGGAUUGUACUAUCUUUAUUGAAGAACUAAAAAGUGAUGAUCCCAAUCUGAAAAUAAAUGCAGUGACAAAAAUAGUAUCAAUAGCUCAAAUUCUGGGUCCUACUAGAACAUGCUCUGAACUUAUACCAUAUUUAAUAGACAUUAUUGAAGAAUAGGAUAAUGAAGAUGAAUUUCUUAUAAAAUUAGCUUAAGAACUUGUAAAUUUGAAGCCUCAUACAGGGUCUAAUACUCAUUUGUUAAAUGCUCCUUUAGAAAUUCUCAGUUCUAUGGAAGAGCCAUUAGUGAGAGAAAAAGCAGUAGAAUCUCUGUUAUUGUUAGCAGAUGAUAUGCCAGAUAGUAAGAAUUCAAUAAAAUACUUUAGGCUUUUUCGAAAAUCAUUUUUUUUAAAUAGUGCAACAAUUAGGUUAAUGGGAUAAUUUUCCUUCCCGCAUUUCAGCAGCUAGUUUAUUUCCAUUAACUUAUAAUCAUGUUUCAUUUGAAAAGAAAGCAAUUCUUUGGGAAUUAUACAAAUAAUUAUGUGGUGAUGAUACACCUAUGGUAAGAAGAGUAUGUGCAGGAGUAUUAUCUGAUUUAGCUAAAAUGAGAUGUCAACCAUAACAGUUACUUGCUCUUUGGGAAACUUUACUUAAAGAUCCUGCUGAUAGUGUUAAAAUAAAAGCUAUUGAAGGUUCAAAAUAAAUGCUUAAACUUAUUGAUGAUAAUAGUGAAUUAGAAUCUCAUCUUCAUGCCUUUUUUGCAUUAGCAGAUCCUAAAGAAAAAACAUGGAGAGUUAGAUAUACAGUUCCAGAAUGUUUAGAAAGUAUUAUAGAUAUCAUUGUCAAAAUAAGUAAUCAUUUUAAAAUCUAAUCUUUAGAUAAAGACAAAAGUAUUCUAAAAGUUAAAGCUGUACCCGUUUUUCAACUAUUACUUAAAGAUUCAGAACCAGAAGUUAGAUCAAUUACUGUGAUGUCUAUUUAUCAUCUUCUUAAGGAAUUGCCAGUUAAUUUAAAAGAAUCGUUUUUACCAUUUUUCUAAGCUCUUUCAACAGAUACCUCUUAACAUGUAAGAAUGUCAUUAGCUGAAUAAAUUUGCAAAAUAUCUAAAUAAUAUUCAGUUUAAGUUGUAAUACAAACUUUCAUUCCUUUAAUAUCUACUCUCAUUAAAGAUGAUGUUGCAGAAAUCAAAAUUAAAUUGGCUCAUAAUCUAGAUCAAUUAUCUUAAACUAUUGGAGCGGAAAAUUCUAAAAAACAUUUGAUUCCUCUUAUUUCCACAUUUGCAUCUGAAAAAUAAUGGAGAUUCAGACUAGAAAUGAUGUCAAUAAUCCCAAAUCUCUUAAAAGUUGCUGGCUAUGACAGUUUUCUAGAAUUAUAAGAUAUUUAUCUUGAUAAAGGAGUUUUAAAUCAUUAUUAGGCCAUUAGAGAUUAAGCCAUCGAUAAUCUAGUGCCAAUUAAUGAACAUUUUGGUUAUGAAAAAAUUCGAGAUUUCAUUCUCAAAUGUAUUACCAAACAAUUCGAAUAACCAAAUUAUAUAUUUAGAGUCUCUGCUAUGCAUAGUAUUACGAAACUUAGAGAUGUUCUCUCAAUAAAUGAUUUACUUAAUUUAUUCAAGGUAAUUCUUAUUUCUAUUAAAUUUUCUAGGAUAUAGCUUCCAAAUCAAUCUAUGACAGAGUACCUAACGUUAAGUUAAAUAUUUUUAAAUUAUUUACUGCUAUCCAAGAUAAAUUAGAUAUUUAAAUCUAAAAUGAAUUCAAACAUAAAACUAGGUUUCUGUAAGAUGAUGAUGAUAAAGAUGUACAAUUUUUUGCAUCAACAAUUUGA